AUGUGUAAUUUAAACUGGAUUUGUGUUUUUAUUUCGAUUUUAAUAAGUAUUUGCGUUUGUAAAAAUCGGCCAGAAGUAAGGACUCUUCAAGGUACCGUUAGGGGAUUGUAUACCAAAACAAUCAACAACCGGCAAAUAGCCAGUUUUGAAGGAAUUCCUUAUGGAAAACCCCCUUCAGGAAAGCAUCGUUUCAAGGCACCUGUUGCAUAUGGCCUAUGGUAUGGUGUCUGGAAUGCGACCAGAGAACCACCUCCUUGCCUUCAAAUUGAUUAUCAAAGCAAUCCUAAAGGUAUAAGAGGUUCUGAAGAUUGCCUGUACAUCAAUGUGUACACUCCACAGUUGCCUGUGGAUUCAGCUGAGCCUAGAUUAUUUGAUGUUAUUGCUUUUAUUCAUGGAGGAGCAUAUAUAGAAGGAGAUUCUAAAUUGCAUGAUCCUUCUAUCCUGCUCGAUAGGGAUAUAGUCUUGGUUACAUUCAAUUAUAGGGUUGGAAUCCUUGGAUUCCUGAGCACUGAAGAUGAUUUAGUACCUGGAAAUAAUGGUCUGAAAGACCAGGUAUUGGCUCUAAAAUGGAUUCAACAAAAUAUUGAAUUUUUUGGAGGUAACCCGAAGAGCGUGACCCUUGGAGGCCACUCUUCUGGAGGCGGUAGUUGUCAUUUUCACAUGUUAUCUCCACUUAGUAAAGGUUUAUUCAAAAAUGCUAUUAUUAUGAGUGGAGUGUUUUUGAAGAUGAGUGAAAAUCCAAAAGAAAAAGCUAAAAUUGUUGCUAACGAUCUUGGCUGUCCUACAAAUGAUUCUCAUUCAAUGAUAAAUUGUCUUAGAAACAGACCAGCGAACCACAUUGUAGGAUUAGCAUCAAAAUUGCAGGAAGGUAAUUAUCCUACUAUGCCGGUCGGUCCAGUUAUCGAACCAGCUGGUCCUAAUGCUUUUAUUUCUGAAUCACCAAUUCAGAUAAUCAAGAAUAAAGGUGCUGCUGACGUACCAACACUAAUAUCAUUUGUUGCCGAUGAGGCAUUGAUUAUGACUGCAGGAAUUACAACCAAUGAUAACAAUUUUGAUGAAUUUCUAAAAAAUUGGGAAAGUAUCAUACCUCAUUUUUUGGCAUUCAAUUACACUGUGCCUAUUGAAUCCAAGUCUCAGAUAAUCCAAAAGAUUAAGGAUCAUUAUAAAAUUGAAAACAGUGCUGAUGGCAAGAGGAAUUUACUCAAGUUGGCCAAUGAUCGUUUCUUCGAGGCAGGAAUUAGUAAAGUUGUUAAGUUAACUGGCUCACUCUAUUCCUCUCCUAUCUACUUAUAUAAGUUUUCUUAUAAAGGUCAAUUUUCACUCAUAGAUUUUAUUACGAAAGAAAACUUGGGUGUUUGCCAUGGCGAUGACCUUUACUACACGGUGGGUUAUUUACGUGGAGGUAAAAAUGUGAUAAAUUCGGAAAAAGAUCUACAAGUUUCAAAUCUAAUGUUGGAUGUUUGGGCUUCAUUUGCUGCCAACGGGUCUCUUGGAGAAAAUUGGCAAUCUGUUCAACAGGAGUUACCAAAGAUUGUCUAUACUGAAAUAAAAGGCCCAGAUGAUUUGCAAUUGUUAGCGGCUGAUGAAUUAGGAGAAGAAGCUUUCUGGGAUUCUCUCGGUUUAAAAGAAAAUGUUGAAUCGACUGUUGUAACUCAUACUGAAUUAUAA